AUGCUGUCCAGGGUGUAACCUGUCUUGUGCCCGCCUUUCUCCUGGAAUAGGCUCCAAGCCCCUUGCGACCCUGGACAGAAUAAGCAGUAUAGGUGAAUCAAUGUUAUUUAACAUUCUGUAAUUUACUGUCAAGUUGAAUUACAUUGUAUAUAAGCGGUUUGGUUUACCAAUUUUUGUAGAUUUUUCAUAUAAACGGUAUGCAAAUUAUAGGAAAAGGAUGGGAUAGGGUCGUUCCACAUACAAUGAGCGACAGAUACCCUGGUGAUAUAUCUAUAAUUUUUUGUGGCAGUUACUUAAGGGGUCGGGUUGCCACCUUGACACAUGUGGGAGGGACGGACCUUGUUUAAGGAUCCAACAGUGGCGGCCCAGUGAAGUUUGGGCACAACAUCCUGAUCAGCAGUCCAACACCUUAACUACUGAACUACCCCUGCAAACUAUGCUAACAUUGAAAUGAAUCUGAAAAAUCUGGUGUUUUAUUAUGAUUUUUUAAAAGUAAUUAUGUAUGUUAAAUUUAAUUACUGUAUGUACGUGUUUAUGGUUACACCACAUUAACAUUGUUUGGGGUUUAUGACCCAAUAUUCUAUCGAAAUUGAUUUUGCCAGAAAAAUUUACAUUACGUCUGCAUAGAAAGAAUUUGUGUAAGUCAUUUAUUUUUAUUUUAAACUCUUUCAAAAAAAACUAUAUGGACAUGAAGCAACGAGCAUCAUGUUAUGACCCAUUUAACACCUUAUGAUAUCUGCCCAUCUGCACAAAACAUUAUGAUGUCUUUUCAUAUACACAUAAUAUCUAAGAAAGCAUGUGUGUACUAUAUAAAGUCAUGUUACAUAACCUCUUGUGGUAGCUGCUCUUACAUUCCUAUACCUAUAUUCAUUGAUUUGUGUUCAUUUAGCUACAAGGUCAUGAACAGAUGUUUGGUCAGGUGGUCUGGAGUGCAGUCAGUGUUCUAGUCCAUCCCAAAAGUGUUCAGUGGACUUGAGGUCAAGGAUUUAUGCUGGACAUUUAAGUUCUUUCACUCUAACCUUGGAGUUCACAAUGCACAAUACAUUGUCAUGCUGAAACAGGUUUGGAUGUUGCAGCUAGAAUCAUUGCCUCAUAACUUCAUGGUCCCUGGUUCAAUCAUGCCCUCAGGGUACUGUGUGCGUGGAGUUCCUCAUUUUCUUUCACUCAUUUCUAUGUGAUUUCCUAAAUACUCAGUAAGGUAAAGCCCUUAUUUGUCAAAUAUUCAUUCCUGCACAGAGAAAUUCUUUCGUUACAUAUGCCAGCGUAGAUGGGGUCAGAGCGCAGGGUCAGCAAAUAGGGCCCAAAAGAUAAGCGUCUUGCUCAAGGGCCCAAAAAUGGCAACCAUGUGGAGCUGGGGCUUGAACUGCCGACCUUCCCAUCAGUUUAAAACCCUUCACCUUCAAAGAUAAAUGUUAAUGAAUCGACUACCUACAUGCAGAGUGUACAUGCAAAGAGUGUUAUUUAAAAGAAUGUCAUUUAUAUAUACUUGUUUUUUAAAAUGCAGUUUCAGGUCGAUCAUUUUAAAACCUGCUAGUCUACCACUGGUCUGGUUGUAUUACGAGGGAUCUGGCAACCCUGUCAGUUAUGUGGACGGAGGGACUGAAUAAGGCAUCGCGGCGGGACAGAGAGGUGUAUUCAUAGAUAGCUCCAGGUGCUGAGGGGUUUCACUUGACGCGGCGUUUAACGGUUUCCCGUAAAAAGAAAAAGCAGCGUGUAUGCUGGAGAGAAAGGCAACACCAUAAAAUGACAGCAAACAUCAGCAGCACCAGUUCUGCCAAGGCAUUUUCAAAGGAUGUGUUACCUCCCAUUUAUGGGGUGGAGAUGUGUGUGGCACUGGUGGGGAAUUUACUAGCACUAGGGCUGAUUGUGACUAAGGAGAGGAAGAACUGGCACACAGGAGUCGUGUUCACCUGCAACCUGGUCAUCAGUGACAUCCUGUAUGCCCUCACUCUGCCCCUGCUUGUUGACUACUACGCAAGAGACCGGAAUUGGACAUUUGGUGAAGCUGCCUGCAAACUAGAGCGCUUCCUCUUCACCUGCAACCUCUACGCCAGCAUUUACUUCAUCAUGUGUAUCAGUGUUAAUAGAUACCUGGGCAUUGUUCAUCCCUUCUUUACACGCACCUAUGUACAAACGAAACAUGCCAAGAUCAUUAGUUUGAUGGUGUGGAUCGUUGUGGCAGGCCUGGCAUCUCCAAUCCUCUACUAUUCAGGUGUAUCCAAAACCAGAUGUUCUUUAUUCGCAGACUCUGCAUCUAAAUCUAAAAAGUUUAUGUUCAGGGUGUUCAUGGCUGUUAUAGGUUGCUUGGUUCCAUUUUUGGCUACAUUUGCAUCCUAUUUUGGUGUCAUUUGGGUGGUUUUUAAAAAUGAGAAUAUCACAUUACUGGAGAAGAAAAAAGUGGCUCUGAUGGUGUGUACGGUCUGUGUCUUGUAUGCCGUGUCUUUUGUACCUUAUCACUCCUUGCAAAUAUUGCACUUUAAACUGAAGGCAGAAGGAAUUGCCAACUAUUAUGUGCGUAAUGGAUACCAAGUGUCAAAAGCAUUAGCCUGCCUGAACAUGUGCCUCCACCCCAUCCUCUAUAUGGCUGUGUUUGACAGUAUCAGGGCUCUGUGCUGUAGAAAAUGCUCAAAAGAAUCAAAUUAAUUUACCAAAUAUUUUUUAUUAUUAUUAUUAUUAUUAUUAUUAUUAUUAUUAUUCUCUCAGGUUCACCUUGAAUUAAAAAUGGUUGUUUUCAUGGACAUUUAUUCAAUGUAUAUAAUCAAAGAUUUUAAAAUAAAACAGCUGGAUGUAAUCAUGUUUUAUGUAAUGUAUUGUUAAUGUCAUCGACUAGUUAUUUGAAUGUCUGCCCUCAUUGUAAAUAUACAGUUUAUUACAAAUAAAUGAGUUAUUAAAAAAGUAUCUUAGUGCAGUACUUCUAUAUGAAAUUGUCAUAAGAAAUUCCACUUAUUAUGUAGCAGACAAAGUACAUAAAGU